AUGAAGCUGUCCAUCCUCCUCUCGUUGCUGCCCCUGCAGGCGGCCGGGCUGGCGGCGACGCCCUUGACCAAGCGCACCGAGCCCGCGCCUCUGCUCGUCCCGCGUGGCGCCCAAGUGAUCCCCAACAAGUACAUUGUCAAGCUGAGGAGCGGCGGCGGCGACUUCUCCAUCGCGGACGACGUGCUGGCCUCCGUGGGCGUCGAGCCCAACCACCGGUACGACAGGUUGAUCAAGGGCUUCAGCGCCACGCUCAGCGCCGAGGAGCUGGCUUCAUUGCGGGACCAUCCAGAGGUCGAAUUCAUUGAGCAGGACUCCAUGGCCAGAAUCGCCGACUUUGUGUCCCAAGCCAAUGCCACCUGGGGCAUCGCACGCCUCUCGCACCGCAAGCCUCACAUCUCCGAGUACAACUACGAUUCGAGUGCGGGUGAAGGCACUUGCGCCUUUGUCGUCGACACGGGCGUCAAGGCGGACCUGGCGGAAUUCGAGGGCCGCGCCAAGAUGCUCAAGUCCUUCGUCGACGGCCAGCCUGACGACGGCCACGGCCACGGAACGCACGUCUCCGGGACUAUUGGCAGCAAAACAUAUGGCGUCGCGAAAAAGACCAAGAUCUACGGUGUCAAGGUCCUCGACAACGAAGGGUCAGGGCCCUGGUCCAACGUCAUUGCCGGUCUGGAGCUGAUCAAGAAGUACGUGGGCUGCGGCAAGUGCCCCAAGGGCCUGGUGGUCAACAUGAGCCUGACGGGCUACUAUUCUGAGACGAUCAACCAGGUCACCAAGGCCCUGGUCGACGCUGGUGUCUUUGUCGGGGUCGCUGCCGGCAACUGGAACGACAACGUGGCCAACUGGUCUCCCGCGUCGGAGCCGAGCGUGUGCACCGUGGCCGCAUCCGAUGAGGACGACAAGAUGCCGAUUUGGAGCAACUGGGGGCCCCUUGUUGACGUGUUGGCACCCGGUGUGAACAUCACUUCGACGUGGCGCGAUGGUUCGGCUUACCUAGAUUCUGGCACCUCCAUGGCCAGCCCGCAUAUCGUGGGCCUGGCUGCCUACAUCGGCGCGCUCGAGGGCAUCAAGGGCGGGGUCAUCUGCGACCGCAUCAAGGAGCUCGCCACCAAGGAUGUCGUCACGGGUCUGCGGAACACGAACACGCCGAAUCUGCUGGGGUUUAACGGCAACCCGUCCGGCUAG